AUGUCCGUUGAACAAACCUUGGCCCACGCCAACGUCGCCAGACAACCUGCGCCCUCCAUGGCUUCCAGGCACAUUACCACCUCCAGCGGCGACUACGACACGUCGAAUUCGCCAGAGGUCCGUCGCUACCUUCGCACCUACGGCCUGACUCCUCCGGCUGUGGAGUCCUACAAGACCCAAGCGCAAAGAUGCCUCAAGCUUCUGGAAUCCAAGUCCUCGUCAAUUGACAAGUUCCAAUACCUUACCCACCUCCGCGCCACCAACGUGCAUCUUUUCUACCGCCUUCUUGCCGACCACAUCAAGGACCUCACUCCUUUGAUCUACACUCCCACCGUCGGCGAAGCCUGCCUCAAAUGGCACGAAAUCUACACGCAGCCCGAGGGCAUGUACCUCUCCUACGCGGACCGCGGCAACCUGCACACCAUCCUCGCCAACUGGCCCCACCACGUCGAGAUCACCGUCGUUACGGACGGAUCCAGGAUAUUGGGUCUUGGUGACCUUGGAGUCAACGGCAUGGGUAUCCCGGUCGGCAAGCUGGCGCUUUACACUGCUUGCGCCGGUAUCAGCCCCGACGCCACUCUGCCAUUGACCGUUGAUCUGGGCACUGGCAACAAGGCCCUCAGGGACGACCCGCUGUACAUGGGCAGCAGGAGGGAGAAGGUUACUCCCGAGGAGGAGAAGGAGUUCCUUGACGAGCUCAUGGCCGCGUUGACCGAGAGGUGGCCCGGUAUCGUCAUCCAGUUCGAGGACUGGAAGAACCCCUUCCCUGCGCUUGAGCGCUACAGGGAUACCUACACCUGCUUCAACGACGAUAUCCAGGGCACUGGUGCUGUCAUUCUUGCCGGCUUUAUCAACGCCGUCAAGUCUGCUGGUAUUCCUCUGAAGGACCACCGCGCCGUCUUCCUUGGUGCGGGUAGCGCUGGUGUUGGUGUCGCCAAGCAGAUCGUCGAGUACUUCAUCAAGGAAGGUCUGACUGAGGAUGAGGCCCGGAGAAAGUUCUGGUUCAUCGACUCUCGCGGUCUCGUUACCAACGACCGUGGCGACAAGCUUGCGGACCACAAGGUCUACUUCUCCCGCGAUGACAACGAGGGCAAGCAGAUCAAGUCCCUCGACGAGCUCAUCGAGUACGUCAAGCCGACCAUCCUCAUGGGUCUCUCCACCAUUGGCGGUGCCUUCAACAAGGACAUCCUCCAGCGCAUGGCCGAGCUCAACAAGUACCCUAUCAUCUUCCCCCUCUCCAACCCUUCGUCCAAGUCCGAGUGCACUUUCGAAGAGGCCAUCAAGUACACCGAGGGCCGUGCCCUUUUCGCCAGCGGCAGUCCUUUCCCCAGCGUCGAGUUCAAUGGCAAGACCCUCUCGCCAGGCCAAGGUAUGUCGAUCCACUUGCACAAAAAAUGUCGUGACGCAUUUGCUGACUCAUCCAUCUCAGGCAACAACAUGUAUGUCUUCCCCGGUAUCGGCCUUGGUGCUAUCUUGUCCAAGUCUGUCAACGUCACUCAAGACAUGAUCUAUGCCUCUGCUGUCGCUCUCUCCACCGCUCUCAACGCCGAGGAAACGGAGCAGGGCUGGCUCUACCCGGAAAUCUGCCGCAUCCGCGAGGUUUCCGUCACCGUCACCCGUGGCGUUAUCCGCGCGGCCCAGGAAGGCGGCGUCGACCGCGAGCUCGCCCUCCGCAGCCUGGACGAUGCUGCUCUCGACGCCUACAUUCGCGAGAGGAUGUACGACCCCUUCACUGAGGCCGACAAGACCGUCGAAGAGGUCAAGAGCCUCGUCAACGGCAUCAAGAAGAGCCACUUGUAA